UAUCAAUCGCCGGUCCAGAAAAGCCUAGAGACAGGCCGAAGAGCAGCGCCCCGAAUAGGGAUGCUCCCACAGAUAGAGCAGCGCAGAGAUGUUCGCGUGCUACAUUUUUCGCUACGCCCACAAAUCCAUAGGACUCAUGCAUCUCCGGCCGCUAUUUUCUCUGCAACUCCAGUCGCAGCCUACUAUGAAAGGUCGAAUAUCAGAGAAGAAGGCACG